AUUCUUUACCCUUUCACCGACUCAAAUGGAAUCCCUAGCUCUUCUCUUGAGCUUACUGGCUCUAGUUUCAGCUUAUGCUUUCUGGUUCUAUCUCUUAUCUUGUAAACUCUCAGGCCCUAAAAUGUAUCCUCUUGUGGGUAGCCUCCCGGUCCUCUUCACGAACCGGCGGCGAAUACACGAUUGGAUUGCCAGUAAUCUCAGAGCCACAGGUGGUUCAGCUACUUACCAAACUUGUACUAUUGCUCUUCCUUAUUUUGCUAGCAAACAAGGGUUUUACACAGUCACCUGUCAUCCCAAAAACAUCGAGUAUAUUCUUCGAACGAGAUUCGAUAACUACCCCAAAGGCCCCACGUGGCAGAAGGCUUUUCAUGAUUUGUUAGGGCAAGGGAUUUUCAACAGUGAUGGUGAGACGUGGCUUAUUCAACGCAAAACUGCCGCUCUUGAGUUCACCACAAGAACGUUAAGGCAAGCCAUGGCUCGGUGGGUGAAUCGGACGAUCAAGAACCGGCUGUGGAAGAUUUUAGACAAUGCAGCGGAGAAUGAUCUGUCGGUGGACCUGCAAGAUUUGUUGCUUCGUUUAACGUUUGAUAAUAUCUGUGGUCUCACGUUUGGUAAAGACCCCAAGACUCUCUCGCCAGAGCUACCGGAAAGUUCGUUUGCUGUGGCUUUUGAUACGGCCACUGAAGCGACUCUUCAACGGCUUCUGUAUCCUGGAUUUUUAUGGAGAUUUAAGAAAAUGUUUGGUGUCGGAGCUGAGAAAAGACUGAAGAAGAGCCUUCAAGUUGUUGAAGAUUACAUGAACGGUGCUAUUGAAGCUCGGAAAGAGAGUCCAUCAGAUGAUCUUUUAUCAAGAUUCAUGAAGAAACGAGAUGUGGACGGUAAGCUCUUCCCAAGUUCGGUUCUUCAACGGAUAGCUCUAAACUUCGCUCUCGCUGGCCGUGACACGUCAUCAGUUGCACUCAGCUGGUUCUUCUGGCUCGUCAUGAGCCACCCUCAUGUUGAACAAAAGAUCAUCCAGGAAAUAUCAAAGGUUCUCAAAGAAACACGUGGCAAUGACAUCAAGAAAUGGCUAGACGAGCCUCUAGACUUUGAUGAAGCUGAUAAAAUGACAUAUCUGAAAGCCUCAUUAGCUGAAACACUGCGUUUAUACCCAUCAGUCCCGGAAGAUUUCAAGUACGUUGUCUCCGACGACGUCUUGCCGGACGGCACCUUCGUCCCAGCCGGUUCAACGGUGACAUAUUCGAUAUACUCAAUGGGAAGAAUGAAGACGAUCUGGGGCGACGAUUGCAUGGAGUUUAGGCCGGACCGUUGGCUGUCGGCUGAAGGGGACCGGUUCGAACCGCCGAAAGACGGAUACAAAUUCGUGGCGUUUAAUGCUGGACCGAGAACUUGUUUGGGGAAGGACUUGGCUUACUUGCAAAUGAAAUCUGUGGCUUCGGCGGUGCUGUUGCGCUACCGGCUGUCCCUGGCUCCCGGUCACGAGGUGGAGCAAAAGAUGUCUCUCACUUUGUUCAUGAAGAAUGGACUUCAUGUACACUUGCACCCUCGUGCACUUGUUGCCGACUAGAAGGCGGCACGUGGAACAGAAACCGCAUCUGAUGAUUCGAAUUGUUUUAAUUUUGUAUUGUACUUUCAAUAAGUAUAAUUCGUUCGUUAUUGUCUGGUUGAAAUUUAGUUCGAACACAAUUAAUAUAUAAUUAUGUACUUAAAAAAUAUAUCUAUGUAAUAUUACGAUUUAAUUAUACGCUUUUUCUUUAAA